GGUCCGAGUGCCUGACUGGCUGGCCUGCGCGUCUGGGCUGUCGCCUUAGGACUGCCUGUCAGGGGCGGCAAGUUGCCCCUUUCCAGCUGCCCGCAGUUAUCGCGUGUGCCCGAGAACCCGCGGACUGCGAGCUGGGUUUGCUUAGAGAAGACGCGGGCCCGCUCCGCUCAGGCCACGGGCGCCCCGGUCCGCUCCGCUGUCGCUGGAGAACGGCGGGGCUUGGCAGCUAGGAGAAGCAGGCCAGAGCCUUCCAGGGCCCGGGGCCCAGGGAUCCGAGGAGGAUGAGCUGGCUCUUUCCCUUGAGCAAGAGCGCCUCCUCCUCCGUGGCUGGGUCUCCCGGUGGCCUCACCAGCCUCCAGCAGCAGAAGCAGCGUCUGAUCGAGUCCCUCCGGAACUCACACUCCAGUAUAGCUGAAAUACAGAAAGAUGUGGAAUACAGAUUGCCAUUCACUGUAAAUAACCUAACAAUUAACAUUAAUAUAUUACUUCCUCCACAAUUUCCUCAAGAAAAGCCAGUGAUCAGCGUUUACCCACCAAUACGACAUCACUUAAUGGAUAAACAAGGAAUAUAUGUUACCUCUCCUUUAGUAAACAAUUUUACAAUGCACUCAGAUCUUGGAAAAAUUAUUCAGAGUUUGUUAGAUGAGUUUUGGAAGAAUCCUCCAGUUUUAGCUCCUACUUCAACAGCAUUUCCAUACCUAUACAGUAACCCAAGCGGAAUGCCUCCUUACUCUUCUCAGGGUUUUCCAUUUCUUCCUUCAUAUCCUCCACAAGAAGCCAACAGGAAUAUUUCUUCUAUAUCUGUUGCUGACACUGUUUCUUCUUCAACAACAAGUUAUACAACAGCCAAACCUGCCGCACCUUCAUUUGGCAUCCUUUCAAAUCUACCAUUACCUGUUCCUACAGCAGACACUUCUACACCGAUAAGCCAAAAUGGUUUUGGUUACAAGAUGCCAGAAGUCCCUGAAGCAUUUCCUGAACUCUCAGAACUAAGUGUGUCUCAACUAACAGAUAUGAAUGAACAAGAGGAGAUUUUACUAGAACAGUUUCUGACCUUGCCUCAACUAAAACAAAUUAUUAACGACAAGGAUGACUUGGUAAAAAGUAUUGAGGAACUAGCAAGAAAAAAUCUCCUUUUGGAGCCCAGCUUGGAAGCCAAAAGGCAAACUGUUUUAGAUAAGUAUGAAUUGCUUACACAAAUGAAAUCUACUUUUGAAAAGAAGAUGCAAAGACAGCAUGAACUUAGUGAGAGCUGUAGUGCAAGUGCCCUUCAGGCAAGAUUGAAAGUAGCUGCACAUGAAGCUGAAGAAGAAUCUGAUAAUAUUGCUGAAGAUUUCUUGGAGGGAAAAACUGAAAUAGAUGAUUUUCUCAGUAGCUUCAUGGAAAAGAGAACAAUUUGCCACUGUAGAAGAGCCAAAGAAGAGAAACUUCAACAGGUGAUAGCAAUGCACAGCCAAUUUCAUGCUCCUCUAUAGAUCUUCCUGAAAACAUGAACUGCCAAGACAGGAAUGGGACACAAAACUAAGCACAUUGUUUUAUAUUUUUGACUUGCAAAUUGACAUUUCAUCAACAGUGGCUAAAUCCACAGAUAUACCAUAUCGAUUGUAUACAGAACUGAAACUGAUUUUGUACAGACUAAAAUGAUUGCUCUGAUCUUUGAGAAAAUUUUCUGCACUGUUUGCACUAAAACAUUUAUUUAUUGUUCAUAAGUCCUAUCAUAUUUAAGUUCCAGUACUGUCCCUUUUAUUGAUUAAAUGCCUAUGCAUAUAAUUCUAGGUAGUUUUCAAUAUUUUAUAAAACUACUUAAGUUUGUAGUUUUAAUUUGAAGCUGACCCAUUUCUUUUUUCCUCUCAACUUUUUUGAAAAACUAUUUUCAACUGUGGAAAGUUCCUAUUUUUCUUUUCUGGAUAAAAUUUUCAAAAGCAGUUUGCUUUAAAUAAUCAUAGUGUCAGGAAACAUCAAACCUGUCAGUGUUCCAUUUCAAGAAAGUAACUUUUAAUAUUUACAAUAAAUCAAAAAAAUAAACCAGCUUCUCCUAUAUACUUUAUUUUUAAAACUAAAGAUGGAUUUAAGAAGCAAUACAGGUAAAUUUUUUUUUAACCUAUGAGAAAAAAACUGCCUUUAACCUAAACCAGUCCAACAUAAACUUUUUAAAAAUAAGCACCUACUGUGUUUGUGGUUGGAUAAGGAUAUGCUUUAAGUUCCUAAUUUAGAAAAACUUAAUCUUUAUUAAUAAAUAACAAAUAUAGACA